AUGCUCGGGAAAAUUGCGCUCGAGGAAGCUUUUGCUCUCCCGCGGUUUCAAGAGAAGACACGCUGGUGGGCAGGACUUUUUGCUAUCGACCCUGAAAAGCACGCGGCUGAAAUCUCCGAUGUUGCGGACAUUCGGCUGAACUACAUGGAUAAACACGGAGUUGGGUUCACCAUCCUAUCGUACACAGCACCUGGGAUUCAGGACAUCUGGGACCCCAAGGAAGCACAGCUAUUGGCCAAAGAGAUCAAUGAUUACAUUGCUCCCGAAGUUAAGAAGCACCCUGAACGUUUCGGCGCGUUUGCAACCCUUUCCAUGCAUGACCCCAAGGCAGCUGCAGAAGAGCUUAGACGAUGUGUGACUGAGUACGGCUUUUUGGGCGCCCUUGUCAACGAUACUCAGCGGGCAGGCGUUGAUGGUGACGACAUGAUCUUCUAUGACGGCCCAGAGUGGGACGUUUUCUGGUCUACAGUGACCGAACUCGAUGUGCCUUUCUACCUGCACCCGAGAAAUCCCACCGGAACUAUUCACGAAAAGCUGUGGGCAAAGCGCUCGUGGCUCAUUGGACCUCCGCUGAGCUUUUCGCAAGGAGUCAGUCUGCACGUCCUUGGAAUGGUCACGAACGGUGUUUUCGAUCGCCAUCCCAAGCUCCAGAUUAUCUUGGGUCACCUAGGAGAGAAAAUCCCAUUCGACAUGUGGCGCAUCAAUCACUGGUUCGAGGAUGUCAAGAAGCCACUGGGGCUGUCUUGCAAGCGAACGAUCCGCGAGUACUUUGCAAGCAACUUGUGGAUCACGACCAGUGGACAUUUCUCCACCACAACUCUUCAGUUCUGCAUGGCUGAGGUAGGUGCGGACCGCAUUUUGUUCUCGAUUGAUUACCCUUUCGAGUCUUUCUCGGAUGGGUGCGAUUGGUAUGAUGCCCUUCCCAUCAAUGAUAACGACAAGAAGAAGAUUGGGCGGGACAAUGCCAAGCAGCUCUUCAAGCUGCCGGGGUUCAAGGACAGCGAGGCGUAG